AUGGCUAAGAGGAGGGCUGCAGGUAGCUGCUGCUGCUGCCCCAGAGCGCCCAUGAAAGAGGACAAUGCUCGUUUUUGCCUGCUGGCCGGACUCAUCCUGCUCUACUUAUUGUGCGGAGCUGCCAUCUUCUCAGCCUUGGAACACCCGUUUGAGCUCCGCGCACGCCUCCUGUGGAAACAGCAGCUGGACAACUUCACCAGGAGAUACAGGGUCAACCUGGGCGCCCUGCACACUCUGCUGAGGCAGUAUGAGGAGGCAAACGGAGCUGGCAUCAGGGUGGACACAUUAAGGCCACGCUGGGACUUUUCUGGAGCUUUCUACUUUGUGGGCACAGUGAUCUCCACUAUUGGUUUUGGCAUGACCACACCAGCAACCAUAGCAGGAAAAAUAUUCCUAAUCUUCUAUGGUCUCAUUGGCUGUGCUGCCACCAUCCUCUUUUUUAACCUCUUCCUGGAGAGGAUCAUCACCAUGUUAGCUUACAUCAUGCGCUGGUGUCAUGAGCGUCGGCUGAGGUGUGCUGGAGUUGGGGUGGUGUCGAGCAGGGAGGAGUCAUCUGGUGAAGAGGACAGUCUGGAAGGAUGGAAGCCAUCCGUCUAUUACGUGAUGCUGAUCUUAGGGAUAGCAUCUGUUGUGAUUGCUUGCAGUGCCUCCACUCUGUACAGCUCCAUGGAGAACUGGAGCUACGUGGACUCUCUGUACUUUUGCUUCGUGGCCUUCAGCACCAUUGGCUUCGGGGACCUGGUGAGCAGCCAGAGGCAGCAGUACGAUUCUCAGGAGGCCUACCGGUUUGGAAACUGCCUUUUCAUCUUAAUGGGGGUUUGUUGCAUCUACUCACUUUUCAACGUCAUUUCUAUCGUCAUCAAGCAGACUCUCAACUGGAUCCUGGGAAAGCUGGUCUGCUCAGGGAAGCAUCAGCUCUGUUCCUGCUCCACCCCUGGCUGCUGGUGGCUCUGCUGCCCCUGUCCCCACAACAAAAAUCACAAACAGAGGCGUCAACUGCGUCAACUGGCACACUUCAGGCCAAAACGCAUCAAACGCAACGCUGUGCAGCCCAUCUCAUCCCACCACCGCUACACAGACGGCUCGGUUGAGACUGUGUGCGACAGCGAGACGGAUGCGGGCGCGUUGGCUGAAGUACAAGUGGGGCGUCGUUUGUCAGGGGAGAUGAUCUCAGUCAAUGAGUUCAUGGUGUCCAACAAGGUGUCUCUGGCACUGCUGCAGAAACAGCUGAGUGAAACAGCUCACCAGGGCCCACGGCAGAGCUACAGCCAUCAGAAUGGUUUCUCUGGUGGUGUGGGAGCACUGGGGAUUAUGAAUAAUCGCUUACAGGAAACCAGUGUGGAUAGAUAG